CCAUGACAGCUGCAACCAGCUCUAAUUAUUCCAUCUCUCCUAUUCUGCGUUCCCCUCCCCAGUCUCCUGUCCAAUGGGCCUAAAGCUCUCUCUCUCUCUCUCUCUCUCUAGCCUCCCUUAGCUUCGUCUGUGGCCCACCUGUUUCUCUAGUUGGAGGCUUUGAGUUCUGCCGUCGUGCCACCUGUUGCUCUUUCUCCACGCAUCUCACUCCCCUUCUUCCCCACUUCAUCCACUUCCCACAAACUCGUUUAUGGGGCCGAAACGUUCCGAAGAAGAUAAAAGAAGAUGAAUUUUCUUAUAAUUUCGAAAAUAGCCUUAAUUUUUAUUUUGACUACUUUAUGUGGACAUCCAGGGUGAUGGUACUUUAUAAACUGUUCCAAUUUUAGGUUUUUUUAGCAUUGUCUGCCUUUUUUUUUUUUAAUUUUUUAUAAGCAUAGUCUGCUGAGCAUCGCUCUUUACUAAAAGAGUCACCCUACUCUCCCUCUCAAUCACAUCAGAUCUCAUUACUGCCAUCUCCUCACUCUCCAAAAUCCCAUUUUUAAGCAAUCAAAUCCUCUUCCACCCCCUGCAUUCCUGUCCAAAAUCCAAUUUUUAAGCAAACAAAUCUGGUUCCACCGCUGCAUUCGUCUUCAAGAUCCAAUCUUUCCUCGUACUCUCCACCCAUUCUUUCCAAACUCCGACCUUUAUCACAGGGCCCAUUUCCAAUCCCCCCUCCUCCACUAUUGCAUUAAAGAGGAGGAGGAAGGAAUGUUGGACUCUGAUCUCUCCAAGCCCACGGCCAUCUUUGGCCUCCACCUGUGGGUGGUGGUGGGCAUCUGCGUCGGCGCCGCCUUCGUCUUAUUCCUCUUCUUCCUCUCCCUCUGGUACGCCUCCAAGCGCAGGACGACCCCGACUAUCCCAAACAUCUCCAAAGAAAUCCAAGAAAUCCGCGCCGACCACCCUUCCCGCCCCUCCGACCCCAAGUCCUUCGCUCAAUUCCUCCGAAACCCCCCCUCUGCUGCCCAGCCUCCUGUUCUCCAUCCUGUCAAGCGGCAGCCGGAGGAGGAGCCGCCAACCGGGCUCCAGAAGAUCCGUGUGGAAACCGGCAAGGACCAUCGUAUCACCUUCCCGGAGCGGGGGAGCGGCGGCGGUUCGUCACAUGGGAGCGGCGAGAGCCGGUCGGUGGAGCAGGCCUCGCCGGCCGUCCCCGAGGUCUCUCACUUGGGGUGGGGGCACUGGUACACUCUCAGGGAGCUCGAGGUGGCGACCGGUAUGUUUGUUGAUGAGAAUGUGAUCGGAGAAGGCGGGUAUGGGAUUGUGUAUCAUGGCGUUUUGGAAGAUAACACUCACAUUGCUGUCAAGAACUUGCUCAACAACAGAGGUCAAGCUGAGAAGGAAUUUAAGGUAGAAGUGGAAGCAAUUGGACGCGUUCGGCACAAGAAUUUGGUGAGGUUACUUGGGUAUUGUGCAGAAGGUGCUCACAGGAUGCUUGUUUAUGAGUAUGUGGAUAAUGGCAACUUGGAGCAAUGGCUUCAUGGGGAUGUUGGACCUGUUAGUCCUUUGACAUGGAAGAUUCGGCUGAACAUAAUACUUGGAACAGCAAAAGGGUUACUUUACUUACAUGAGGGUCUUGAACCGAAGGUAGUUCACCGUGAUGUUAAAUCCAGCAAUAUAUUGCUUGAUAGGCAGUGGAAUCCUAAACUUUCAGAUUUUGGCCUUGCUAAGCUCCUGGGCUCGGAGAGGAGCUAUGUCACAACUCGCGUGAUGGGAACAUUUGGUUAUGUGGCUCCUGAAUAUGCCGGCACGGGUAUGUUGAAUGAGACAAGUGAUAUUUAUAGUUUUGGAAUUCUUAUUAUGGAAAUAAUAUCUGGUCGGAAGCCGGUUGACUAUAGUAGGCCUCCAGGAGAGGUUAAUCUGGUAGAGUGGCUGAAGAUGCUGGUCAGUAACCGCAAUUCUGAGGGAGUUUUGGAUCCAAAGAUGCUCGAGAGACCUUCAUCAAGGGCACUGAAACGGACACUCUUGGUAGCACUGCGUUGUGUGGACCCUGAUUCACAAAAGCGGCCGAAGAUGGGUCAUGUGAUACACAUGCUUGAAGCUGAUGAUUUCCCAUAUCGAGAUGACCAUCGAGCUGGACGAGAUCCGGGGCAAACUUAUCGUGACUCUCCGCAGGCAAAAGCAAGAAUAUCAGAAACACCAGUGAUGGAAAGAAGUGAUGGUAGUGGCAGUGGGAGUAGCAACAUGUCGGUCGGCCUGCUAGGCAGGGAAAGCAAGAGAAAUAACUAAGCAUCAACACUCAGCUGGAUUUUCUAUCCAAGGUCUAGUAUGCUCCAUCGGCUCAGAUUAAUCAUACAAUUAAAUUAUUAAACGUCCUUCGGUUGUCUGUAAAUGCAGUUCCAGUCUAGUGUACAUGCUUAAAGUUUUGUAAAGUUUUGUGCACUAUUCAUUCUGCUGUCUUUUAUAAUUUGAUUUAUAUGUCUCAACUAAAGUUGGGUAGGUGGUACAGGGACAUCAAGGGAGGACUGUUUACUUAUUGUGUAGCCUAUUUCCUAUGGGCUUUUUCCUUCCAGACUUUUUUUAAAGGAUAAAUUUUAUAUAUGUAUAAUGUUUGUUCUAUGUUUGACCAUCAGUUUUGUGAAAUUACACCAAAAAACUAAUGUUAAAUUUGAUGUUUUA